UUUUUUUUUGCAGCCACAGCUGAUAUUUAUAGGAAUGAGGGUAAUGAGGCCUUCAAGAAAGGAGAUUUCAUCAAUGCUAUUCACUUUUACACAGAAGGAAUUAGAAUGAACUGCAAUGACAAAGAACUGAAGGCCAAACUGUACAACAACAGGGCAAUUGCACAUUUUAAGCUUGGUAAGAUGAUGAGAGCUUUAAUGUGUAUUUUUCUGUCCUCAGCAAGGGCUUUCAGUAGUUUUUCUGAAAAAGGUGAUAAUUUUGAAUAUAUGUCUAAAAAUAAAAAAUCAGAAAAAAUGUAUAUGCCUUAUCUUGGCCUCUCAAACAUACAAAGAGCAAUUCACAAGUUUUUCCUUAAGUUAUUGUAUAGGUGGUGGGUUUGCUACAUGAACAGAUAAUCAGAGAUAUUUAUUUUCAAACAGGAAAUCACCAGGAUUCACUGAGGGAUGCAGAAGCUGCCAAUGAGUUAAAUCCAACUUUCCUCAAGGCAAUUGUGAGAGGUUAGAAAUGUUAGCGGUGCUAUAAUAAUAAUAAUUAAAAAAAGAACUUAACACUCUAAGGUUAUAUGAAGUUAUAUCUUGUCUCAAUUGACUUUCAUUAAGAGGUCAAGACAGCCCUGAUGUACAUUUGAAUCCAGCUCUUGACUGCUGUGCCAUGACUUUCCAUUAUGAUGAGAAUACUAUUUUGAGUUGGAUGAAGAUCUCAAUGCUGUCAAUGCACAGCAAAAUUUCAGCAGGAGUAUUUUAGUUUCCUUUUGCUCAGUGAGUGAGGUAGUGGUGUCAGAUAUGUUUAGUCACUGUCUAGCUGUUUUGAAAAAAAGUAAGGACUUAACUUAACUUAACUUAACUUAACUGUCAGGAAACAUUCCUCAUUCAUCAAGUAUAACUCAACUUCAAGUGCUAUUAAAAACAUGUAAUAAUAAUGUAAUUAAAGAGACUGCAUGAGUAAAUCUUAUUCUUAGUGAACUUAAAACUUUAGUUUGAGUCACUUCCCAGAAAUCAAUUAUCAACUGAUUGAUUCAAUCAAGUAUGUUGACUCAAACAAAAAGGAAUCUAGGAUUAUUAUCAAAUAUAUAUAUAUAUAUUUUUUAAUUUGUAUUUAACCUAUUUUUAAAAAGAUUAACUAAAAAAUGUACUAUACUAUAAAAAUUUUAAAAAAUGGGUUUCAUUGUUCCAUUCUCCCAUUGCAUGUAUUAUCUUCUAUCUAUAUCUCUUAGUGAUUUUGUGGGAAUUGUCAGUCCCAAUUCAAAUGUUCUUAGAUAAGUUUCAAUUAUCAAAAGCAAAUCUGUUUUUUUUUCAUGGUCUGUAAUGAUUUAGCUUUCAAUCAGGUUUCUGGCUAUUGAGCUACAUUAAUUAUAUGCUGCUUUGUGUUGUUGCCUACAGGAGCCACUGCUUGUGUUGAACUGAAGAGAUUUGAAGAAGCAAUUACUUGGUGUGAUAAGGGAUUAGCCGUAUCCUUUUAA